UAUGGAAAUCAAAUAUGGCAACCCUUUUCAAUAAUAAAAUCGUGGGUCGGUGAAGAGUGCAUGGAAUUUUUAAUCAAAUUGUGAUUUUUGCAUUGCGUUACAGUUUGAUCGAUUAUUAAAAGCCUAUAUAGUGCAAAACUCUAUACCAAAUUAUAACCAAUUAAGAUGGCCGGUGAAACUCCAGUUCCUCCUCCAGUCCUUUGGGCACAACGACGGGAAGACGUAUUUCUUACAUUUAGCGUUGAAUCCAAAGACCCGACUAUUAAAAUAGAAAAAGAUUCAGUUUAUUUUAAAGGUGUAAGCGUGCCUGAUAAGAAAAAUUAUGAGGUGACAAUACCAUUAUACGAUAUGGUCGAGCCAGAGGUUAGCGGUUUUGUUAAUAAAGGCCGGUGUAUAGAAAUGGUUCUUCGUAAAGAAAAAAAAGAUGCUUCAUUUUGGCCUUCUCUAACUAAAGAUAAAAAGAAGCCACAUUAUCUCAAGAUAGAUUUUAAUAAGUGGAAAGAUGAAGAUGAUGAAAAUGAAGAAGAAGGAAACUAUAACUUCGACGAUAUGAUCCGAUCAAUACAAGGAGGUGGAGGAGAUAAGAACGAAAAAAUCUCUUUUGAUAAUUUAGAAAGCGAUUCGGAUGAUGAAAACCUACCUGAUUUGGAAUGAGAAUGUCUUUAGUGCUAAUAAAACACAGUGCAGUACUUUAUGUAUAAGGUUUUUACAGUUAUAAUAAAAUCUUUUUAAAUAC